CAGAGAUGUAAAAGUGAAAAUCUUACAUACAUUUAUUUCCUAGCGUCAAUAAUUUCAAAGAAAACCACGCAUAUCUAUAUUUUUUCUUCUUUCACUUAGACCAAUAUUUACAACACAAGAAACAAAAUAAAAGACAUUUUCCGCUUCUCCAGAUUGUCCGUGACAUUUGCACAACUUAGGAGGAUGAGAUGCUAUGCGUUUCCUUUGCUUCAAAUCCCGUGAAUUUUCCACUCUGAAUCCAGUCCAAUCUCUUGUAUUGCUUAAUUCAAAAAUCAAAACUUUUAUCCAACAAGGAAACCAUUUUGAAGCUCUCUUAGCCUACUCUAAAGAACCUCAUUUUCCUCUCAACACCUCCAAAUUCACUUUUCCUGCUCUCCUAAAAGCUUGCGCCUUUCUUCCAAAUCUUCUUACUGGGAAAACAAUCCAUGGCACAAUCAUCAAAAUGGGUCUUCAAUAUGACCCUUUUAUCAUCACUUCGCUCACUAACAUGUACGUCAAAUGUGGGUCACUUUAUAGUGCAGUCCAAGUGUUUGAUUUUAUUUCUGAAUGUAAAGAUUUGGUUCAAGAUGUAACUAUAUGGAAUGCUAUGCUAGAUGGUUAUAUCAGAAAUGGGCUUAAUGAGGAGUGUAUGGGUUUGUUUAGAAGAAUGCAAGAGCUUGGUGUCAAGUCUGAUGAGUACUCUCUUAGUAUUAUUUUGGGGUUGUUUAAUGGUCGUGUCGGUUUUGCCAAAGCAAAGGAAGUUCAUGCUUAUGUUGUUAGAAACUCUUUUGGUCAUGAUCCUUUUGUGGUUACUGCAUUGAUUGAUAUGUACUCUAAUUGUGGUAGGCCAAGAGAUGCUUGGUGCAUUUUUGAGACUGUGGAAGACAAAGACAAUAUUGUAAUGUGGAAUGCAUUAGUUCGGGGAUUAUACGAGAAUGGAUUAUGGAGAAAGAGCUUGGAAUUAUAUACUUUAGCUAAGAAUAGGGGCUGCAAACUUAUGUCAACGACUUAUUCUAGUACUAUAAAGGCUUGUUCUGAGGGUGAAGAUAUGGAUUUUGGCAGGCAGCUUCAUUCAGAUGUUGUCAAGAUGGGUUUUGAGGAUGAUCCUUAUGUCUGUACAUCGGUGUUGUCCAUGUAUGCAAGGGUUGGAAUGUUGGAAGAUGCAGACAAGGCUUUUGAUUCUGUAUUAGAUAAAGAGGUUGAAGUGUGGAACUCUAUGAUUUCCGCUUAUGUAGGCAAUGGCAGAGGCGAUGAUGCUCUGCGUCUGUACAAUGAGAUGCGAUCAAGAGGCAUUCCUUCUGAUUCUUUCACCCUGUCAAAUAUUCUUAUAUCAUGCAGCAUGACCGAAUCUUAUGAUUUAGGUAGGGCAAUUCAUGGUGAACUGAUAAAGAAACCAAUACAGAAUAACAUCGCGUUGCAAAGUGCUCUAAUGACUAUGUACUCAAAAUGUGGAAUGUUAAAUGACGCUCUUGAAGUUUUCAGUAGAAUGGAGGAGAAGGAUGUGGUUGCAUGGGGCUCAAUGAUCUCAGGUCUUUGUCAAAAUAAGAAAUUCAAAGAGGCAUUGGAUAUAUACAAAGAGAUGGAGACUGAUAAUGCUAAUCCAGAUGCUGAUAUAAUGGCAAUGGUGAUAAAUGCUAGUGCAGGACUAGAAAGCUUACAAUUAGGUUGCUCUAUCCAUGGAAUCACAGUCAAGACUGGAGUAGAAUUAGAUUGUUCAGUAAGCAGUUCUCUUGUAGAUAUGUAUUCUAAUUGCGGCCACCCGGAGAUAGCUGGAAAGGUUUUCACUGGUGUUCCUAAUAAGAGUUUGGUGCUUUGGAACUCUCUGAUCACUUGCUAUUCGAAAAAUGACUUACCGGAGCUCUCUUUAAAUCUUCUUCCUCAACUUGUGCAGCAAGGAUUGUAUCCGGACUCUGUUACACUUACUAAUGCCCUUGCUGCUGUUUCAUCUUUAGCGAUACUGAUUCAAGGAAAGGCAAUUCAUUGUUACCAAAUAAGGAAUCAAAUUCUAGAGGACAAUCAAGUGGAAAAUGCACUAAUUGAUAUGUACAUAAAAAGUGGACGCUUAAAGUAUGCAGAGCGUAUAUUCCAGUACGUAUCCACAAGGAACUUAGUAACAUGGAAUACGAUGAUUGCAGGGUAUGGAUCUCACAGUGAGUGCAGUAAAGCUAUUAACUUAUUCAAUGAAAUGAGGAAAUAUGGAGUCAAACCUGAUGGCAUAACUUUCCUUUCCUUAAUUUCCUCUUGCAACCAUGCUGGUUUAGUGGAUGAAGGCUUUAAACUAUUUCACUUAAUGGAAGAGUACGGAAUAAAACCUCAAAUGGACCACUACAUAAAUGUGGUGGACCUUCUAGGCCGUGCUGGACGCUUGAAUGAUGCAUAUAAUUUCAUACAAAAUAUGGUGGUGGAACCUGACCGGGGCGUGUGGCUUUGCCUUUUGUCUGCCUGUCGGGUCCAUCAAAACGUAGAGCUUGGAGAAAUAGCUGCCAAUAACCUUCUGAAGAUGGAACCUAACAGAGGUAGCAAUUACAUUCAACUUUUAAAUCUCUAUGUGGAAGCUGGACUGAGGGAAGAAGCAGCAAGUUUGAGAGCUCUGAUGAGGCAGAAAGGUUUGAAGAAAAACCCUGGAUGUAGUUGGAUUGAGGUGAAAAAUAAACUUGAUGUUUUCUUCUCAAGUGACUCAUCAUCCCCAAGGACAAUUGAGAUCUAUGAGACACUGCAAAGUCUCAGAAGUAUCAUGAAAAAGGAAGGAGAUUAUGAGAUUGAGGCAAUAUGAGAUAAGCACAGGAAAUAUUUUUCUUUACCUAGUUAACGGACAUGUGCGUUAACUAGGCCGUAAGAGGGAACUUGCAUUUUCAAAACUGAGACGAUGCACCAAUUCCCACCGGGAAAGCUACAAGCUUGGAAGUCAGAACUUCCUAAGAUAGGGGAUUGUUGUGGUCUCUCCUGCUCUAUUUCCAAGGGUAAUUCAUUUAACAAGAGUCACUGUCACAGGCAGAGGUGGACUCAAGAUUCGUUCUCACUGGCCACAAGACAAUAAGGGUGUGAAUCCAGUUGGUUCAGUCAGUUUUAGGUCAGUUCGAUUCAGGUUACUAGAUUUUCAGAUCGUAAGGAGAAACUUUUGCUGAACCGAAAUACGUUCAAUACAGUUUGAUUUUUAUCUCUUGGUUCAUGUUCUAUUAACCGAUGUUGAUAGAAGGUAGUAGAUAUCCGAUGAAACAGUCGAGGUACACACAAGUUGGCUAGACACUAGCAUUAUAAAAAAUAUUAGAAGACAAAUGAUAAAGAAAUGCUUACAACCCAGGAAACCAUGCUCCUCAAUCAGAUAAUUUGGUGGAAGAAUAACUUUAUUUCGAAUAUAUUCUUUGUUUACUUAAA